CUGGGAAGGCUGCCUCUGAGCCCGUGGUUGGGCGAGUGGAGCGGGGAUUAAGAUGGCGGUGCAGAUGAUGGAGAGAGUGCAGGCCGUUCACCUUGAAUCUGACGCUUUCCUGGUUUGUCUCGAUCACGCUCUGAGCACAGAGAAGGAGGAGGUGAUGGGUCUGUGUAUAGGGCAGUUGAAUGAUCACGGGAGGAAUGACUCCGGGCUUGCAUAUGCUGGAGCUGAAAUGUGCACGGCUGUGGAAAAGAUGGAGGCGGCCAGAAUUGUUCACAUUCAUUCUGUUAUCAUCUUGCGACGUUCUGACAAGACAAAGGACCGGGUAGAAAUAUCUCCGGAGCAACUAUCUGCAGCCUCGAUCGAGGCAGAAAGGUUAGCGGAGCAAACAGGUCGUCCCAUGAGAGUUGUGGGCUGGUACCAUUCCCACCCUCAUAUCACCGUUUGGCCUUCUCAUGUCGACGUCCGUACACAAGCCAUGUACCAGAUGAUGGAUCAGAGCUUUGUAGGACUGAUCUUUGCUUGUUUCAUAGAGGACAAACCCACAAAGAUUGGCCGUGUGCUCUAUACUUGCUUCCAGUCUGUACAAGCAUCGAAGAGUUCAGAAUAUGAGAGACUUGAAAUCCCAAUCCAUAUUGUACCCCGUACCACCAUCGGGAUGGUAUGCCUCAGGUCAGCCGUAGAGCUGCCGGGGAUCCUAUGUCAGGAAGAACACGAGGCCUAUAGGAGGAUUCACGGCCUUACACAUCUGGACUCAGUAACCAAGAUCCAUAAUGGCUCUGUCUUCACCAAGCAUCUUUGCAGUCAGAUGUCCGCGGUCUGUGGGCCUCUCCUACAGUGGUUAGAGGACAGACUAGAGCAAAACCAGCAGCGUUUGCAGGAGUUGGAACAAGAAAAGGAAGACCUUAUGGAAGAGCUGUCUUCCCUAGAAUAAAGCAGGAAAACAAAAAUGGGCAGAUGUAAAUACUGGGCGUACGAUUUAUAAACUAAUUCAUUUCAACCUAUUCUGACGAAGUACAAAGGUGAUCCAAGGAAGAAAGGGCAUGGGCGUGGGCUAACUGAACUUUUACAAGCCAACAAAAUAAGUUCUAACAGUACCUCAGAAUGUUCAUGGAUUUAAAGUAAGAUGGGAAAAGUAAGGGGAAAAAUCAUAUUAGAAAAAUCUUCAGGAGACAACUUUGUUUUUUAAGUUUUUAAGUUAGCUUUAAAGUUGUUUAAACUUUAGCCCAAAUGCAUAAUCCAGAAGAAAACAAAGUAGAUAUACCGGACUUUACCAAAAUUAAAACAGAUUUAAUUUGUUUAAAAAAAAAGAAGAAAAGUAAAAAAAAAAAAAAAACACAAGAAUCUACUUAUAUUAUCUAAUAAUCAUGGAUAAUAUAUGAUCA